AUGUACAGCAACCGCCAUCUCCGUGAGCAACAGCAGCAGAAGAAGCUGAGGCGCUUCUACGAUCAGGAGCUGGAGCAGCAGCAAGAAGAGGAGCAGGAAAAGGAGGAAGAAAAGGGUGAGGGAGAGGAGGCCCCCCUUCUUCUUCCGGGGCUGCCCGACGACAUCGCGCAGUUGUGCCUCACCCGGCUGCCCCCUCGCGUCCUCUUCGCCGUCUGCCGGUCCUGGCGCCGGCUCCUCUACUCCCCUUCCUUCCCUCCUUUCCUCUCCCUCUACGCCCUCCUCUCCUGCGCCUCCUCUCCCGCCGCCGUCGAGCUCCAGACCUUCGACCCUGUCGCCGCCGCCUGGCGGCCCGUCCCUCACCAUCCCCAGUUCCGCCACCUCCUCCUCUCCCACCCGGGAUUCCUCUCCCGCUCCCUCCCCGUGCAAUCCGUCGCCGCCGCCGGCCGCCUCGUCUUUCUCGCCGCCACGACCCACUCCCUCCUCCCCGCCCUCCCCCGCCCCCUCGUCUUCCAUCCGGGCACAUCGCAGUGGCACCUCGCGCCGCCCCUCCGCUCCCCUCGCCGGUGGUGCGCCGCCGGGACCGCUGGCGGCCGGAUCUACGUGGUCAGCGGAGUCGGCCACGGGUACUGCGCCGACGUGGCGCGGUCCGUCGAGCGGUGGGAUCCCGCCUCCAGCGACGGCGUGUGCCACUGGGAGCAGAUGGCUCCGCUGCGGGACGGCCGGUUCAGCCGGGAGGCGGUUGACGCUGUGGCCUCCUCGGGGAAGCUCUGCAUAGUCAACGUCAGAGGGAGGGCCUCCAAGGAGGGCGCCGUCUACGACAUCGCCGCCGACAGGUGGGAGGAUAUGCCGCGCGGGCUACUGGCCGGGUGGACAGGCCCGGUCGCCGCCGCGGAGGACGACGAUGACCAGCCGGGUUCCCCCGGCGGCACCAUCUACGUGGCCGACGAGGCGGAGGGAGUUCUCAAGGCCUACGACUGGUUCCAUGACAGGUGGAUCCCGGUGGCUCGCUCCGAGCUGCUGCGCGAGGCGGUACACGUGACCGCCGGAGGCGGGCGCGUCUGCGUGGCCUGCUCCGGCGGGAAGGCCCUCGUGGUGGUCGACGUGUCGUCCCGGCCGGCGAGGAUGUGGGCAGUCGACCUGCCGCCGGGGAAGAAAGUGGUGGGUCUCCACGUUCUCCCGAGACCCAGCCGCGGGGACCUCGGGAAAGCUUGA